AUGUUAAAGCAAGUGGUAACCCUUGAAUGCUUCAGUUAUAUUUGUAGCCUAGCUUUUAAUUUACUUUUGAUCGCCCACCCUAGUGCGAAGUCGCCCAUUCAAAGAGAAUCUUUUGAUAUCAAAGGUGUUCUUUUAGAAAGAGUGCUGAUAAGCUCAAUCAGUAUGGAUUUGCCUACAUAUGAUGAAAUUUUCAAAGGUAUAAACAACAUAUUUUGGCUCACCGGCAUUCCUCUAGAUGCACCACACAAAAAAUUAAGAUUCUACGUUGCUUGUUUGAGUUUAAUCAUCACAUUGUCAGGUGAAAUUGCAUUUUUCACAUCGAAAAUUUCAUCGGAGAAUAUACUCGAGCUAAUGGAUUUAGCGCCUUGUUUCUGUAUAGGAGCAUUAUCGUUUUUCAAGGGGAUAUUUUUAGCAUGGAAAUUGAAUAAGAUAAUUGUCUUGAAGAAUUCUUUGGAGAUCCUAUACGAUACUAUAUUUAAGAAUGACAGUAAGAGGAAGUUGUUGCAUCGCGAAAUAAUGAAAGUGCAUAAACUCGUCAAAUAUUAUUUUGGAGUGAAUACUGCCCUUAUAACGGUUUACAAUUUUUCCGCGCCGAUUUUCAUGACGUACCAUUAUUUGAGUCAAGGAAAGGUUAAAUUCAUGGUUCCGUACGCCGUCAUAUAUCCAUUUGCAAUCGACAACUGGCCCGCGUGGAUAGUCGCAUAUACAGAACAAGUUUUCAGUGGUUUUGUUUGUAUCCUUUUCAUAACUAUGAGCGACGCUUUGUUUUGCGUUUUGACAUCACAAAUAUGCAACAAUUUCUAUGUGAUAAGUGAUGAAAUAAAACGAUUGAAAAAUGGCAAUCAUAUUGGUUUAGGUGAGAUCGUUAAGCAACACCAAUACAUUCUGAAGCUAUCUGAAGAUUUAGAAGACAUAUUUAGAUUGACGAAUUUAUUUAGUUAUUUGGUUGGUUCUCUCGAAAUUUGCGCUCUAGGAUUCAGUAUCACAAUUGGCGACUGGUCCCACUUUUUGGGUUACAUUCUUUUUCUGGUGUCCGUUUUGCUACAGAUACUGAUGAUGAGUGUUUUUGGUGAGAACAUUAUAAGAGAGAGCGGGAGGGUGGGCGAGGCAGCUUUCCUUUGUGAAUGGCAUGAAAUAAAUGAGAAGGCGAAGAGAACUAUACUCAUAAUUAUGAUUAGAUCCCACAAGCACCAGAAGUUGACUGCGUAUAAAUUUUCUGUAAUCUCUUACGGAAGCUUUACAAAGAUAAUAAGCACAUCGUGGUCCUAUUUCACUAUCCUCAAAACGGUAUACAAGCCAUCUGAAGUAAAUAACAUCUAA